AUGAACCACGUGAGAUCGGACAGCUUGAACGAAUGCCUCAUGAAUAUACAACUUGUUGAUUAUUAUCUCUAUUCGGUUGGAGAGCAAGUCCCUCCUUCUAAGCCAAGUAAAGAAAAGUUGAUGGCCCACUUCACGAUGAAACGAGAAAUCGCCUUCACAGCAGGCGGCUUCUUCAAGUUGGAUUAUACUCUUGUUCAUUCAAUGGUAGCUUCAGCCACUACAUACUUGGUCUUGCUAAUCCAGUUCGGGAAACUUCCUGAAGAACCUGUGCCAUCAUCCACUCUUCCAAUGUGGUCCACCACAAGCAACUGGAGUUGA